UCGGAAAAAAUACAAACAAUUCUAGACCAUUUGACUUUAUUAGUUUGUAGUAUAUAUAGCAAAAAUCAAAGUUCGACUAACUAAAUUAAGGAGGCUACUGUUGCCGCUGCCAUCCCCCACCACUCCCCUCCGCCCCAGAGACUGCAGCAACAUGUUUUGGUAAAACUAAACGCAUUCAAGACAAAAAUCAACAUAAAUUCUUAUUGGAAACGAAAGACUCCUCCGCAGCAAGAGUGUGAGCGAGAGCGUGCGGAAAGAGAGUCGAAAUCAAAAUUACCCGUUGAAUCGUAACUACAAAAACACGAGAAAAAUUGAAAUCAAAAUUUUUGGUCGGUGGUGCUGUGCUCGAGUGUGUGUGCGGGUGUGCGAGGCCUGUGUUUGUGUGUGAAGAAUAAGUGCGUGAGAAAGCUGGAGGCGCGUGCAUUACAAUAAUUGCACAAAUCCCAAGACAAACGAGGGGCGGGGGUGUCACCAAUCCGCGAGAGCGAGCAAGGCAGAUAGACAGGGCGAACGAGACGGCCACGAAGCACAGCAGCAGAUAAAACAACAACAAAGGGCUGUGAUUUCUGCCAAAACGCCCACGCACCCGCCCCCGCCCCCUCCUUGCCGUGCCUCCGUUGCCUUGCUCUUCUCACUUCCGUAUUUACCUAAUAAACGGGACACAAGUAGUCAACAAUAAGAACAACGACAACAGCAAGAGAUAGCCAGAGAGAGACAGAGAGAGAGCAGCAAGGAAGAACAAACGACUAAGCGGUACAAGGGAGAGAGACCCAGAGGAACUAGCAGGGAGAGCAAGCGAAAAAUGGAUAUCCUGGAGAUGCUGCGCGCCAGCGCCACUGGCAGCUACAACACGCUCUUCUCGGAUGCGUGGUGCGUUUACGUUUCCCAGCAGAUCAGUGCAACGAUGUACGUAUCGAUGGGCGUCCUUAUUCCGACCAUUCUCCUCUUCGCCUGGUGCAUAUACUUUAAGCGUUUGGCCCGGUUGCGCCUGCGCGAUGAGCUUGCCCACUCCCUGAGCGCCGUCACCUCGUCCGGCGGGGAUCUCCGGGGAUUGCGCUUCCGGAAGCGUGACAAGAUGCUCUUCUAUGGACGCCGCAUGCUGCGCAAGAUGAAGAACGUGAGCGGUCAGAUGUAUAGCAGCGGUAAGGGCUACAAGCGGCGGGCGGUGAUGCGCUUUGCCCGCCGCAUUUUACAGCUGCGACGGGACAAUAUGCCGCUGGAGAUGCGAACGGUGGAGCCGCCGGCCGAGUAUCUGGAGGAGACAAUGGAGGGCAGCGAUCGUGUGCCGCCCGAUGCGCUCUACAUGCUGCAGAGCAUCCGGAUCUUUGGACACUUUGAGAAGCCCGUCUUUCUGCGACUGUGCAAGCACACCCAGCUGCUGCAACUGAUGGCCGGCGACUAUCUGUUCAAGAUCACUGAUCCCGAUGACAGUGUCUACAUUGUCCAAUCGGGCAUGAUCAAUGUGUACAUCUCGAAUGCCGAUGGCAGCACCCUGUCCCUGAAGACGGUGCGCAAGGGUGAGUCUGUGACGUCGCUGCUCAGCUUCAUCGAUGUGCUGUCGGGGAAUCCCAGCUACUACAAGACGGUCACCGCCAAGGCCAUUGAGAAAUCGGUGGUCAUUCGACUGCCCAUGCAGGCCUUCGAGGAGGUGUUCCAAGACAAUCCGGACGUUAUGAUUCGCGUCAUCCAGGUGAUCAUGAUCCGAUUGCAGCGGGUUCUCUUCACCGCCCUGCGUAACUAUCUUGGUCUAAACGCCGAACUGGUGCAGAAUCAUAUGCGCUACAAGAGCAUUGCCAUGAUGUCCGGGACCAUUGUCAACUCGCAAUCAUCGCGUCAAGCUGCCACCACAGCAAUGCCGCCCAGCCAAUUGCCAGUGCCACCGACAGCGGCGACUCCGAUGACUCGGGAAGCGGGAGCGGGAACAGGAGCAGGAGCAGGAGCAGGAGCAGGAGUUGGUCGGGCUCAACACUCAUCAUCGCGGCAUUCGCGCGAAGAGCACACCUUAUCCGAUCCAAAUCCCAAUCCGGAUGCCUGCCCACAGAUCGGAACAAAUCAGAUAUUCAGUGAUCUGCAUGGGGAAUCGUCCAGUGCGUAUGCUUUCCAUCAGCAGCAGCAUUCUGUGGGGAAUCUGUCCACGCGUCGCGGUUCCAUCACCCAGCCGGGUCCAUCUUCGCCCCUUGAAUGUGGCAACUCAACGCAGUCGCAGCAGCAACCGGCGCCACCGCCGCAAGCACCUUCGAUAGAUCUACGACUGGUGCAAUCCUCGGCCGUGGAGAGUCUGCGCCGGGAACUGGGCCUACCGGAGGAGGAUGCUCACAUUAUAGAACCCUUUGUGGAGGUCCGUGAACUGGAGCCCAAUGUCACGCUCAUCACCGAGGGCAAUGCGGACGAUGUGUGCAUUUGGUUCGUGAUGACUGGUACCUUGGCCGUCUAUCAGGGCAACCAGGAUGCCACACGGGCCAAGCCGGAUAAGAGUGAUAUGCUCAUACAUUUCGUGCAUCCCGGCGAGAUUGUGGGCGGCCUGGCCAUGCUCACAGGCGAAGCGAGUGCCUAUACUAUCCGAUCGAGAAACAAUAGCCGGAUAGCGUUCAUCCGGCGAGCGGCCAUCUAUCAAAUCAUGCGACAGCGGCCACGGAUCGUUUUGGAUCUGGGCAAUGGUGUGGUUCGUCGCCUGUCGCCGCUGGUGCGGCAAUGUGAUUAUGCCCUUGACUGGAUUUUCCUGGAGUCGGGCCGUGCCGUUUAUCGGCAAGAUGAGAGCAGCGAUAGUACCUACAUUGUGCUGAGCGGACGCAUGCGAUCGGUGAUCACGCAUUCCAGCGGAAAGAAGGAGAUCGUGGGCGAGUACGGCAAGGGUGACCUUGUGGGCAUCGUCGAAAUGAUCACCGAGACGUCACGCACCACGACGGUGAUGGCUGUGCGCGACUCGGAGCUGGCCAAGCUGCCCGAGGGCCUGUUCAAUGCCAUUAAGCUGCGCUAUCCCAUUGUGGUUACCCGGCUGAUUAGCUUCCUUAGCCACCGCUUCCUCGGCUCGAUGCAGACGCGCUCGGGCAGCGGGGCGCCGGGCGCGCCCGUUGAGGCCAAUCCCGUCACGCACAAGUACUCAACGGUGGCCCUGGUGCCCAUCACCGACGAGGUGCCGAUGACAACCUUUACCUACGAGCUCUACCACUCGCUGUGUGCCAUAGGUCCGGUUCUCCGGCUCACAUCGGACGUGGUGCGCAAGCAGCUUGGCCCGAACAUCUUUGAGGCGGCCAACGAAUACCGGAUGACCUCGUGGCUGGCCCAGCAGGAGGAUCGCAACAUUAUAACGCUCUAUCAGUGCGAUAAUUCCCUCAGCGCCUGGACGCAACGUUGCAUGCGGCAGGCGGAUGUGAUUCUGAUUGUCGGCCUCGGUGAUCGUUCACAUUUGGUGGGGAAAUUUGAGCGUGAAAUCGAUCGACUGGCGAUGCGAACACAAAAGGAGCUGGUGCUGCUCUACCCGGAGACGACAAAUGCCAAGCCCGCGAAUACUUUAAGCUGGCUGAACGCCAGACCCUGGGUGACCAAGCAUCAUCAUGUGCAGUGCGUGAAGCGCAUCUUUACGCGCAAAAGUCAAUAUCGCAUUAAUGAUCUCUACAGUCGCGUCCUGCUCUCCGAACCGAACAUGCAUUCCGACUUCUCGCGCUUGGCCCGCUGGCUGACGGGUAACUCGAUUGGCUUGGUCCUGGGCGGCGGCGGAGCACGCGGCGCUGCCCACAUUGGCAUGCUGAAGGCCAUCCAGGAGGCAGGCAUACCCAUCGAUAUGGUUGGCGGCGUGAGCAUAGGCGCCCUGAUGGGUGCCCUCUGGUGCUCCGAGCGCAACAUCACCAUAGUCACGCAGAAGGCGCGCGAGUGGUCCAAGAAAAUGACAAAAUGGUUCCUACAACUGCUGGACCUCACUUACCCGAUCACAUCGAUGUUUUCCGGACGGGAGUUCAACAAAACCAUCCACGACACCUUUGGGGAUGUGAGCAUCGAGGAUCUGUGGAUACCCUACUUCACGCUGACCACAGACAUCACGGCCAGUUGCCAUCGCGUUCAUACCAAUGGCCACCUGUGGCGUUACUGCCGCGCCAGCAUGUCAAUUGCCGGCGUAUUUCCGCCAUUUUGUGAUUAUAGCGACGGUCACCUGCUGCUCGACGGCUGCUACACCAACAACGUUCCAGCCGAUGUGAUGCACAACCUGGGCGCUGCUCACAUCAUAGCCAUUGACGUCGGCUCCCAGGAUGACACCGAUCUGACGAACUACGGCGAUGACCUCAGCGGCUGGUGGCUGCUCUACAAGAAGUGGAAUCCCUUCACGUCGCCCGUCAAGGUGCCCGAUCUGCCGGACAUACAAUCCCGGCUCGCCUACGUCUCCUGUGUCCGCCAGCUGGAGGAAGUGAAAAACUCAGACUAUUGCGAGUACAUCCGACCGCCGAUUGAUAAGUACAAGACCCUGGCCUUUGGCAGCUUCGACGAGAUCCGGGACGUGGGCUAUGUGUUCGGCAAGAACUACUUUGAGAACAUGGCCAAGGCGGGGCGGCUGGGCCGGUUCAAUCAGUGGUUCAACAAGGAGCCGCCCAAGCGCGGCAACCACGCCUCCCUCAACGAGUACACCUUCAUCGAUCUGGCGCAGAUCGUGUGCCGACUGCCGACUGCGGUCAACACCGGUGCGGAGAUCUUUAGCGAGGACGAAGACUGUGAUGGCUACAUCUCGGAGCCAACAACGCUGAAUACGGAUCGUCGACGUAUCCAGGUGCCGCGUGCCGGCAACUCGCUGUGCUUCUCCGAGACUGAAAUAGACUCCGAUGUGGAGAUCGAUCUGAAGCUAGAAAAGACGAGUAUUCAGAGCAAGGAAGAGGCUACACGACAUCAUCAUCGGUAUCAUAGGCAUAAACGGGAAGAGGAGGUGGUGGCAGCGACCACGGCGGAGCAAACAGUCCAGCAGCCACAGAGCACAGCAGAUGUUGGAGGGCGGUGUGGCUUGGAGCAGGGAGAGAAUUGCCUGAACAAGGACGACGAUAAGGAGAACCGGAACAGGGCGAAUAAUGAAACCAAAAACUAGCAAAUAGGCAUAAAAAAACGAAAUCAAUCAUCCGCAGAAACACGGUUGACCUCUCUCCCCUAUAGGUUUUAUAAUAUAGCAACCAAGACUUAGGCUUAGCUCUUAGCAUACGAGAAAAACCGAAGAAAGAUUGCCUUGCCACCCACUGCACACUCUCUCCCACUCACCCACAACUACACAUAUUGUAAUGCAGGCACAACUUUGUCCACAAAACUUUGUAUAUACAUAUAUAUCAACUAUAUGUA